UCCCUCCCAUUUUUGGGUUCUGUAAUUUGUUGCCGCGUCUCAUAGAACUCAUGAAACUUCUUUACAGUUAGUGGUUUAUUAGGGAAGUAACAGGGUACAGUUUGGGUAGGGAUCAGUUUGGAGGUAACAGGAACAACAACUUAGGACCCAGUUCCUUGAUCAGGACAGCUUCUUCUUGACCUCUGCCACUGGGCCCUGCUGGGGGCCUUCUUGGACAAGUGUUACAACUGUUAGCUCUGUGGGUCUGCAAGCCCCACCACAGCCGUCUUGCACUGGUCUCCUGGUUCCUGCCGUCUCACGCCACCAUCUCUCACUGUCUUCCAUGUUACAGCAGCUCCUCUUUCUCUGGCUCCAUGUCUCCCUUUAAGCCCUGCAGGAGGGCAAAACCAACCAAUCCCCUCAUUAGGGUUCCAUACACCCUACUUGCCUGGUCCCACCCACACAAGGAUGCCAUGCACCUUAUUUACAUUAUUAGCAAGCUCUCCAAUCCCCUUGGUGGGCCAUGGUCACCUCAUUUGCAUAGUUCCACUCAGUCGUCUGCUGGAAGUUAACAAAGACUGUGACUAAAAAAAAAGAAGGGCCAUAUUAAGUAAUUCACUGCAUCACAACCAUGGACUGCGGAAGAAUGAACAAAUCUGUCUUGGAAGAAGUACAGCCAGAAAGCUCCUUAGAAGCAAGGAUGGCAAGACUUUGUCUCAUGUACUUUGGACAUGUUAUUAGGAGGGAUCAAUCCCUGGAGAAGGGCAUCAUGCUUGGUAAAGUAGACGGUCAUCGAAAAAGAGGAAGACUCUCAAUGAGAUGGACUGACACAGUGGCUGCAACAAUGGGCUCAAACAUAGCUGUGAUUGUGAGGAUGGCACAGGACUGGGCAGUAUUUUGUUCUCUUGUACAUAGGGUCACUGGCUAUGAGUCGGAGCUGACUCGACAACACCUAACAAACAACAACAACAGUAUUCUAUUGUAUGGAUGGACCGCAUUAUGUUUGUCCAUUCAUCUGUUGACGGACACUUAGGUUUUUUCCACCUUGGGUGGUUGUACAUCUUGCUGUAACUGGCCGUUCUUGCUCUUUCUUUUCCUGCUUGUCACCCUAACUUGAAGCUCCCCCUCCUUCACUGGGGUGUACAGGACACCACACGUGGUUCAUUCACUUUCUGGUAGAUGGCAUUUUCUGCCACAGCAAAGACCACCACACACACGCAUGUGUGUCCUCUCACACUCAUGGGGGGAAGUUUCCUGGAAAACACAGAUGUAGCAGUGUGGGGGUGUGCAGUGCCCCUUUGCCAACUCCUGCCACGUUCUCUUCCCUGAUGUUUAUACCAACCUCUAUACCAUAUACCAGAGCCCUGAUGGCACAGUGGUUAAAGCAAUUGGCUGCUAACCAAAAGGUUAUACACACACACGGUUGCCAGUUCAAAACCACCAGUGGCUCCAUGGGAGAAAGAUGUGGCAGUCUGCUUCCAUAAAAAGUACAGCCUUAGAAACCCUGUGGUUCAGUUCUACUCUGUUCUGUAGGAUCACUGUGAGUCAGAAUCAACACGACGGCAGUGGGUUUGGUUUUUGAUACCAUAUACCAAGGAGCCUUGGAUGGCUCAAAUGGUUAACCGCUCAGCUGCUAACAAAAAAGUUGGUGGUCAAAACCCACCGAAAGGGUCUGUGGGAAAGAGGCCUAGUGAUCUGCUUCCAUGAAGAUAGAGCCAAGAAAACCCUAUGGGGCAGUUCUACUCUGUCACAUGGGGUCGCUGUGAGUAGAAAUCAACAAUGUACCAUAUACCAGUUGCUGCUGAUUUCAUCGUGACUCUUUUUUCAUGGUGACCCCGUAUGUGUCAGAGUAGAACUGUGUUGCAUCGAGUUUUCAAUGGCUGCUUUUUCAGAAGUAGAUUGCCAGGUCUUUCUUUCUUUUAAUUGUAACUUUAGAUGAAGGUUUACAGGGCAAAUUAAUUUCACAUUAAACAAUUAAUACACAUAUUGUUUUGUGACAUCGGUUGCCAACACAAUGACAUGUUAGCACUCUCACUUUCUCAACCUUGGUUCCUCGUUGCCAGCUUUCCUGUCCCCUCCUGCCUUCUCAUCCUUGCCCCUGGGCUGGCAUGCCCAUUUAGUCUCGUUUUGUUUUAUAAGCCUGUCUUAUCUUUGGCUGAAGUCCAGGUCUUUCUUACAGGGCACCUCUGGGUGGACUCAAACUGCCAACAUUUCUGUUAGUGUCUGAGUACUUAACUGGUUGCCCCAAUUCCCAUCCUCUGUGCCCUGUGUUCCUUCUGAAUUUGGAACAAACAACAGCAAUUUAUUGUGAUUGCAUUAUUGAUCCUUCCAACACCCUAUGAGGUGGGGUCUCAGGGUCCCCAUUUCACAUGUGAGGACACUAAGACUCAGAAGUAUUAAGGGGAUGGUUUGGAUCCAAAAGCAGAGAGAAUGGGGACUGGUUUUAGAUACUAGACCAUCGAAGCCAAGGGUGUCACAUAGGCCUAGGGGACAGGGUCCUCCUUCCAGAGCAAAUGACACUCUUGGGACCCCUGGGGUUGGAGAUCAUGAUCCUUCUGGCUAACUCUGCCCUCUCUGGAAACAAUCUAGCCAAAAGACUCAGCCCCAGGUGUGACCCUGAGCAGGCAAUCCUGGCUCUCUGAGCCUUUUCUCUGUAUGGAAAAUAGGAGUAGAAGCAGGAGUGGGUGGGUCCUGGAGGGUGGGGAGACUGGGCUACCUUUUCUAAGCAUCUACUGUGCAAGCAGUAGGGUCACAGCAGUGAAUGGGACAGACGUGGCCCCUUCCUCCUGAUCUGGAGAGGGAGAUGCUCAAUAAACAAGUAAAAUACACAACUUCGCUGAUGCUGGUCUGUGUAGCUGACAGGAAGGAAAGGGCAGGAUGCUGUUUGGGAGAGUAACCCUGUGAAAUGGUCAGGGGAGUUCCCUGAGGGGGUGAGGUUUGAGAUCUGAAGGAGGAGAGGGAGCCAGCCAUGUGGGAGUGCAGGGAAGGGACAUCCAGGCAGAGGGAACAGUGCAUGCAAAAAGCCGGGGCUUAGCACAUUGGACAUUGGAGGAACAUGGAGGAGGUGGGUGUGGCUGCAGUUCAGAGAGCUAGGGUCAAGAUUCGGGGAAAGGAAGGUGGGAAGCUUACAGAGGCUAGAGUAUGCAGUAUCAUGGUCUGUGGAAGAGGUGGGAUUUAUUCCAAGAACGAGAGCUACAGGGGAAUUGAGAGCAGGAGAAACCCCUGGGCUGCACUAAAGCAGUGCUGGGGCUGCCCUUCUAGCCAGAGGGUAUUUCCUGUCCACCCUGACCACCUGUCCUGUCUUGGGCUGUGGUGGUGGCUGACGGUUACCCAUUCUACCACAUGGAGGGUGCCACAUCGUCUGAAAUGUUUUCUUGCCUGUUUCUCUCCUUAGUCAGUUGGAUGCAUCUGGGGUAGGUUUUAACUAUUUUUUUUUAUUGUGAUAAAUAUAUAUGUAACAAGAUAUUUGCUAUUUGAACAUUCUUCACAUGUACAAUUCAGUGACAUCAAUAGUGCUCACCAUGUUGCCCAGCCAUCACUAUUAUCCUUUUCCAAAUUUUUCCAUCACCUCUAACAGAAGCUCCGUGUCUGGUUUCAGAUGAUUUUAUGGUUUCGUGCCAAUCUCACAACACACAUAUAUCUUUGAGUCUGAAAAAUUUCCCACCAUUAGCUCUGUUUCUUUGGAGCCAGGUAGUUUCCAUUGGAAACUACCAUGAGUUACUCCUUUCUCCAUAGAAAGGGAUAAUCGCUGAGUGAAUACACAUAAAGUUCUAGAGCAGAGCUCGUCAUGUAGUUAGCUCUUGGGGAGGACUGGCUGUAGUUGAGGCUUUUGUUUAUGAAAUUUCUGUUAGAUGUGUGUUGGACCCUUUCCCUCAAUCCUCCAGAUCUCUCACCUUCUAGUUCAUUUUUUUUUUUUUUUAAAUCUCUACCUCUCUGUGUCACAUUCAAUCAAAAACCAAUGACCUGGUAGAGGCCUUCUUCAUACUGUGCUCAAUUUCCUUGGCUGUGUCUUUCAGUUCACUAAUAUUCCCUUCAGCUUUGUGGAGCCUGAUGAGUAACCCCAUCCACUGAGGAUUUUCUUUUUUUUUUUUUUCUAUUUUCAGGGACUCUCAUUUUUAUUUCUAUGACUUCCUUUCAGUUUUUCUCUGAAACUACCUCUACACAGAGUUUUGGGGAGCUUGUUAUCUUCUGUAUUUCUGAUUUUAUUUUUUCAUAAUACAUGCAUUUAAAGCAUUACAUCCCACAUAUUUUGAUAUGUUGUAUUUUUAUUAUCAUUUAGUUUUUCAUAGUUUCUAACACUCCUGGUGGUUUCUUCUUUGACCUGUGGAUGAGUUAGAUUGUGUUGUGUAAUUUCCAAAUAUUUUGGGUUUUCCCUGUUAAGUUCUGGUUAUCAACUUCUAAUUUAAUUCCAUUAUGAUUGAAGAACAUCCUCCUGAUUUCAGGCCUCUUAAAUUUAUUGAUUCUUGUUUUUUGGCUCAGCAUAUGGUCUAGUGACAGUACCAUGUGCACUUCCUGCUUGAAAGAAUUAGAUUGCGCCAUUCGGUAUAGUUUUCUUUAAAUAUCAAUUAAGUCGUGGUGAUUGACAGUGGUACAAUCAUCCAUGACUUGGCUGUUUUCUUAUCUGGUUGCUCUAUCAGUUGCUGAGAGAGGGAUGUUAAAAUCUCCAACCAUCGUUGUGGAUUUGUCUAUUUCUCUCUUUAGUUCUGUCAAUUUUUGCUUUAUGUAUUUUGUAGCUGUUAUUAGGUGCAUAUGUAUUUAUUGUUGUGUUUUCCUGAUGAAAUGGCCCUUUUGUCAAUAUGAAAUGUCUCCCUUUAUUUCUGGUGAUAUUUUUUGUCUUGAAGUCAACUUCACCUGAAAUGAAUAUAGCCAAGACAACCUUUGAACACUUACUCUUUGUGUGAUAUAUUUUUCUCCAUCCAUUUACUUUUGUAAAAUGGUGGGAGUAAUACUAAUAGUAGCAUCACCAUAACCUGUCUAACUUCAGGGGGGAUAAUGCAAAUCAAAAUCAGCCCAAAGCUGAUCCGUAUGAGGUGGAGGUCAGACAUACCUCCACUCUCCAACUUUUUUUUUUUUUUACUAAUUCUAAUGCCACCUGCCCCUCCCAUAACACUCUCUACUUCUUUUCUGGGUUUGAUAAUCUGUUGCAAUGGGCACACAGGACUCACAGACCAUACUUACAGUUAAGUGGUAUAUUAAGGAACAGGGAACAACUUGGGAUCAAGCUCAACAGGCUACAACUCAGAAAUCAGGAUCAGGAAGCAUCUAAGCAAAGUCUUCCUUCUUCAGUGCAGGACAGUUCUCUCAGCUUAUCCUGGCCGUGUAGGCCUCCUCUUGGCCCUGCUCUUGCUGCUGGUUCUGCCACUGCGUCCCUUCCAGGCCUCUCAUCUUCAGUGUUACAGCCUUUGACCUAUUUUACAACUCUUUUUUUUUUAAUUGUACUUUAGAUGAAGUUUUACAGAACAAACUAGCUUCUCAUUGAACAGCACACAUAUUGUUUUAUGACAUUGGUUAAUAACCCCACAACAUGUCAACACCCCCCUUCUCAACCUUGAGUUCCCUAUUACCAGCUUUCCUAUUCCCUCUUGCCUUCUAGUCCUUGCCCCUAGGCUGGUGUGCCCCUUUAGUACCAUUUUGUUUUAUGGGCCUGUCUAAUUUUUGCAUGAGGUGUGAACCUCAGGAAUGACUUCAUUAGUAAGCUAAAAGGGUGUCCAGGGGCCAUGCUCUUGGGGUUUUUCCAGUCCCUGUCAAGCCAGUAAGUCUAUUCUUUUUUUUUUGUGAGUUAGAAUUUUGUUCUACAUUUUUCUCCAGCUCUGUCUAGGGCCCUCUAUUGUUAUCCUUGUCAGAACAGUCAGUGGUGGUAGCCAGGCACCGUCUUGUUGUACUGGACUCAGUCUGGUGGAAGCCAUGGUAGUUGUGGUACAUUAGUUCUUUGGACUAACCUUGCCCUUGUAUCUUUAAUUUUCUUCGUUCUCCCUUGCUCUCAAAAAGAUGAGACCAAAGGAGUAUUUUAGACGGCCGCUCACAGGCUUUUUGUUGUUGUUGUUGUUGUUAGGUGCCGUCGAGUCAGUUCUGACUCAUGGUGACCCUAUGCACAACAGAACGAAACACUGCCCGGUCCUGAGCCAUCUGUACAAUCGUUGUUAUGCUUGAGCUCAUUGUUGCACCCACUGUGUCAAUCCACCUCGUUGAGGGUCUUCCUCUUUUCCGCUGACCCUGUACAAUGCCAAGCAUGAUGUUCUUCUCCAGGGACUGAUCCCUCCUGACAACACGUCCAAAGUAUGUAAGACUCAGUCUCGCUAUCCUUGCUUCUAAGGAGCAUUCUAGUUGUACUUCUUCCAAGACAGAUUUAUUCGUUCUUUUUGCAGUCCAUGGUAUAUUCAAUAUUCUUCACCAACACCACAAUUCAAAGGUGUCACAGGCUUUUAAGACUCUAGAUAUUACAGUUGUUUUUGGAGGCUCCUGGCCUCCCUUCUUUUUCUCCUUUUUCUCUCUUCCUUCUGCUUCUUUCUGAGUUAACAGUUAUGUUCUUCUUCUAGAGUUUUAAAUGUGUGUAUGUCAGUUAUCAAUUUUUCCCUCUGGGCUCUGACCAUAACUUUCAAUAUGAGCUCUGUGAUGAACGAAGGAAUUCCUUUGAUUAUUUCUCCUUUAAAAUGAAUGUAAUGUUAAACUUUCUCAGUAGAGGAGGCGGGCAAGACAUUGCAGGAGGAAGACGCUCUCCUGCAAGGAGGUGUUGGUACUGUGGGUAUGAAGACACCAAGUGUUUUUGUCUAGAGUUUAUAGUUGUUGUCUCCAAGAGAAUUAGUUCUGUAGGAGCUUACUUAGACACAUCAGCAUACCUUUUUUCCUCUUAAGCAUAUGUAGGAACAUCUCCCUAAGUUUUCUUGUAUGGGUUUCACCCUAUCUUUUUUCAUGCAUAAUGUUCCAUUGGUUUAACUAUCUCCCCCAUUGACAGGCAUACACUUUCUCCAGUUUUGUGCCAUAACCACUAGCAAGGCAGCAAAGGGCAUCCUUGUGUAGUGUUAUGGAUUGAAUUGUACCCCCCAAAAAUGUGUGUCAGCUUGGCUAGGCCAUGAUUUUGUGGAUAUUGUGUGAUGGUCCAUCAUUUUGUCAUCUGAUGUGAUUAUCCUAUGUGUUGUAAAUCUUGCAGGGAGUAGAGGCAGUUAUGUUAAUGAGGCAGGACUCAAUCUACAAGAUUAGGUUGUUUUUGAGUGAAUCUCUUUUGAGGUAUAAAAGAGAAAAUCAAGCAAAGAGAUGGAGAGACUUCCUACCACCAAGAGAGUGGAGCCAGGAGAGAAGCGCAUCCUUUGGACCUGGAGUCCCUGCACUGGGAAACUCCUAGACCAGGGUAAGAUUGAUGACAAGGACUUUCCCUCAGACUCGACAGAGAGAGAGGGCCUUACCCUGGAGCUGGUGCCCUGAGUUCAGACUUCUAGCCUCCCAGACUGUGAGAGAAUAACUUUCUCUUUGUUAAAACCAUCCACUUGUGGUAUUUCUGUUAUACCAGCACUGAAGUGCCUGCCUCCUCUCUCUCUUUCUGUUUCCCCUUGUCUUUCUUACAUCUAUUCCACAGAUAUAAGAAUGGCUCAGCAUGUUUCUCUCUCUGUCUGCCUCUCUCCCUCCAAUUCUCUGUCUGUCUCUAUCCAUCUCUCUUUCUCUCUCUAUCUCUUCCCCCUCUCUCACUCUCUCUGUCUCUCUGUGUGAGUUUGUGUGUCUGUCUCUUUCUGUCUAUCUUUAUCUCUCUCUCUGUCUCUCCCUCCCCGCUCUGUCUCUCUCCCCUUCUCUCUCUUACUCCUGUCUCCACCUCUGUCUGCCUCUCUCAUCAUCAUCAUCUCUCUCCCCUUUUCUCUGUCUGUAUGUCUGUCUGUCUCUCUCUCUCUCACAUACAAAUACAAUAACUUGUUUCAGUUUGGUGUGCGUGUGUGUGUGCACACACAGAGUAUCUAUUUAAAUAUCGGGUCAUAUGUGGCAUUUGGUUUCGUAGCUUUCGUUUCUCAUUUACAAUUAUGCUAUGGUCAUUUCCUCAUGUCAUUAUAUAUCCCUCAAUAUCAUUUAAGAAUGUGUUGACCCCUUCACGAGGGUCAUGCAGAGAGCAAAGCUUCUAGGUCACAAGUGUAUAAGGUGGUGGGUUUUCACAAAUGGAACACACCCACAUGACCAGCCCCCUGAAACUCUCCCCUGACCCCUCCCAGCCACCCGCCCCAAAGGCAGUCAUGUUUCCAGCUUCUAGAGCAGAGCUGUUUCAUCUGUUCCCUUUUAAUUUUCUGUCAGUGUGUCGAACUGUGGUAGCUUGUAUGUGGCUGUGAUGCUGAAAGCUAUGCCACUGGUAUUUCAAAUUCUGUACCGGAAGGGCCACUCAUGGUGGACAGAUUUCAGCAGAACUUCCAGGUAGGAAAACAGACUAGGAAGAUAGGCCUGGCAAUCUACUUCCGAAAAGCAGCCGAUGAAAAGCUUAUGAAUCACAGUAGAACAUUGUCUGACUUACUUGCUUUGGACAUGUCAUCAGGAGGGAUCAAUCACUAGAGGAGGACAUCAUGUUUGGUGAAGUAGAGAACCAGUGAGGGUGAAGGAGACCCUUGGAGAAACGGAUUGGCACAAUAACCCCAAUGAUGGACUCGAACAUGCCAGUGACCAUGAGGAUGGUACAGGAAUGCGCAAUGUUUCAUUCUGUUGUACACGUGGUUGCCAUGAGUUGAAGUCGACUCAACAGCAGCUAACAAAAACAACAAAUGGGAUCAUCACUAUGUCCUCUUUUGUGUCUAGCUUCCUUCACUCAGUGUUUGUGAGAUUUAUUCAUGGUGCCCCUUCUCACUGAUGUGUUGUAUGGGAUACAGUUGUACGACUUUUGGUGGACCCAUGACUGGAAUCCUUUUGAGAAUAUUCAUAGGAGUAGAAUUGCUGGGUCACCUUCAAGAUACUACCAAACACUUUUCCAAAGUGGUGCACCAUUUUACACUCCCACCAGCCAUGUUUGAGCGUUCCAGUUGCUCCACAUCCUCACCAACACUUGUGAUGUCUUUUUAAUUUUAGCCAUUUUUGUGCAUCUGGACAUCAUUUUUAAUAGUUGGAUGACAUGCUCCAGUAUGGAUGUUCUAUUGAUUAAUUGAAGCCACCACUACUGAUAAGCAUUUGGGUUGUUUUCAGUUUUUACUCUUCUAAACAAUACAAUGAUGAACAUUCUUGAACACAUUUUUUUGUAAUAGCCUUGUUGGUUAUUUCAAAUGGUUUUCUCUUUAGCUACAUGAUAGCAAUAGAGUAACCUUCCUUGUACAUUCAUCUUUGUGUAUAUAUUUUUGAGAAUUUCAUGAGUUUUGUUUUGGUUUUGGGUUUUUUUUUUAAGCUUUUAAUGUUUCUUUUUGUGUUGGUCUUGGACACAGAGCUAGCCCAGGGCAGUGUUGCUAUACAUCAUUUGGGAUGAAAAACUAAAGACUGCUUCCUCUUUCAGGUUGGCUUCCGAAAUUGUACCUUCUCCUCCUGGUUCUUCUCCAACUCUAUGACCUUCCAAGGCAGAGUCAACCCUCCCAGGAACCAAGACAAUGCAGCAAGCAACACCGCUACAGCUCCCAGACCAGAUACCACCCAGCAGGCAGAGCUGCCCCCAGCCCCGGCCCGACCUCUCUCCCUCAUUGAGGCAGAGGCACAACCCUCCAAGCCCCAGCAUGAGGCCACCUUGUCCCAGCAAGCCCUUGAGCAACAGGUGGCUGAGGAGAAGUUGGAGCCACGCCGUGUGCCCCGCCUCCGGACUGUGGUGGAGAGCCAAGCCUUCAAGAACGUCCUAGUGGACGAGAUGGACAUGAUGAUGUCUCGUGCGGCCACCCUCAUCCAAGCCAGCUGGAGGGGUCACAGGCUCCGGCAGAAGCUAGUCUCCCAGAUGAUGGCGGCCAAGGCUAUCCAGGAGGCCUGGCGGCGCUUCAACGCCAAGCGCAUCCUCCGCUCGAGCAAGGGGCCAGAGAAGAAGGUGGAGGAAGACAAGGAUAUCCCUUACCAUCCCCCCCAGCAGGUGCGGUUCCAGCAGCUGCUUCCAGAAGGGCAAAAGCCCCUCCCACAGGGCCUGCCUCAGCCCGUCAUGGCCAGCAAGGAGACCCAGUUCCCUUCCGUGGAUAGUCUGGUCACCUGCACCCCCCAGCAGGCCACACAGAAGCUUCCUGAAGCCCUGGGCUCCUUGAAGCCCAGCAUAGCCACUUCAUAUGUGCUCGGAGCCCCCAGUGUUGCCUUCUUGCCACACCAGACUAUAGCCCUCAGGUUCCCAUGUCCAAUGCAUGUAGACACCAAGUACCAGCAACCCUGCCUGUUGACGAAGACCAUCAGGAGUUCAUGCCUGGUCCAUAUAGAGGGGGAAACAGUGAAGGGCAGGCAUGUGGCCACCAGACCCAGCAAGGCUGGGACCUCAGAGCUGGUACUGUCUGGGAGGUGUGCCCAGGUGGGAAGUGGACCCCUCAAGACUCAGACCCAGGUCCAUGCGGAAGCAGAGGCCCCCAAGCCAUCACCCCAGGUGUGCUCAGUGCCUGCGAUGGCCAAGACCUUACCCCAAACGCAUACAGCUGUCUCAACAGCCAAGAUUCCAUCUCAGACAUGCCCAGCAGCUGCCGUGGCCAAAAUCCCACCCCAGACACGCACAGUGCUCAUGACGACCAAGAUACCACCCCAGGCAUGGCUGAUGUCCCCAGUGACCCAGACCUCAUCCCAGACACGCCCAGCGGCCACUGUGGCCUAUGUCUCACCCCAGACACACCCAGCGGCCACUACCACCAAGACCCCACCCCAGACAUACCUGACAGGCACAACGACCAAGACCCCACCCCAGACACGCUCUAUGGCUGCCAUGGCCAAGAUCCCAUCUCAGACAUGCCCAGUGGCCAAGACCCCACCUCAGGCACGCCUGGCUGCCAUGAUCACCAGAACUCCAGCCCAGAUACGCUCUGUAGCCACCCUCCUCAAGACCUUCUGCCUGCCCCCAGCAGCCACUGGGAAUCUAAAGGUGCCGCCUCAAGCCGGCAUAGCCAGCGGGAUCCCCAAGUCCUUAUCCCAGACUCAUCUGAACACGGCCAAGGUUAAGGCCACCUUCACUGAGAAGCAGGUAGACACGACAUUUGAGGUCUCAUCCCACUCGUAUAUGGCUGUGGGAAAAUCCAGGUGCCCUCCCCAGGAAGUGGGGGCACCCAAGGCCCCAGCCAGGCCUCAUUGGGAAGCUGAGAAAAUCAAGGUAUGCCCCCAGAGACAGAUGAAAAUGGAAGUGGUAUCCAAGACCAGCAUGGACAUGGGAGUUGAGGACAGAAGCAAGACCCGAGAACAAGCCCAGGGGAAAAAGGAGGCACUUAGAGUCCAGCCCCAGGCGUGCGUGCCCGUUGAAGUGGUUACGACCCCAUGCCAGGCCCAGCCAGCCACCACGCUGACCAAGACCCAGUGCCAGGCACAUUUGCCCACCGGACUGGCCAAGACCCUGUCCAAGACUCUGUCCAAGACACUUUACCAGGCCCAGCUGAUGGUUGGGCUGAGCAAGGGGCAGUGCCAAGCACAGACACCUGCCAGACUAUCCAAGGCCCAGUCCCAGACCCAGCAGGUGGACAAGAUGACGAAGGCCCAGUUCCAGGCCCACAUCCCUGCUGGGCUGCCCAAGACCCAAUCCCAAGCCCAGCAGGUGGCCAAGCUAACCAGCACCCAGUACCAGGCCCAGAUGCCCUCCGGGCUGACCAAAGGCCAGUCCCAGGCCCAGCAAGUGGCCAGGUUGACUGACGCCAAGGUCCAACAGCAGACACCCACCAGACUCACAAAGGCCCAAUCCCAGACCCAGGUGCUGACCAGGGUGACCAAGGCCCAGGUCCAGGCCCAGAUACCCGCUGGGCUGACCAAGACUGAGUCCCAGGCCCAGCAGGUGGCUCAGCUGACCAGGACCCAGAUCCACACCCAGACCCCCACCGGGAUGACCAAGGUCCAGUCCCAGACCCGACUGGUCUCUGGGCUGAACAAGACUCAGUUCCAGGCCCCAGUGCCCCCUGCACUGACCAAGGGCCUGUCCAAGACCCAGCUGGUCACUGAGUUGGCCAAAGUCCAGUUCCAGGCCCAGACACCUGCCCGGCUAACCAAGACUGAAUCACAGGCCCAGCAGGUCACCAGGCUGAACAAGACCCUGUCCCAGGCCUGGUUGGCCACAGAAACAGCCAAGCCUCUCUGCCCUGCCCACCAGGCCGCUGACCUCAGCAAAACCGAGUCCCAGCCCCAGCUGGCCACUGCCCAGUCCUGCCAACAUCUCUGCACCCUGGGCCUCCUGCCUCAUGCCAAGCCGGAUGACAGACUGACCCAGCUUCCAGCCCCCAGCCUAGCACUGGGCAAGGCCACUCAGGUCCCUCGCCUGCCAGGCCCGGACACGCAGGGCAUGCUGGUGCCACUGCUGGCUGGACACCCCUCCUGCAACAUCGAGUCCUGGGGGGACGGCAGGGCAGCCCGGGCCCCAUCUCCCACACACAGCCACCCUGUGCUCUGUCCGGAGGAGGCGACAACCUCCCAGCUGGCAUCCCUGUGCGCUGAGCUGGCUACUGUGCUGGGCUCCCAAGAGGACCUCCGCUUGCUGCUGUGCAAGGCCCUUUCACAGGGCGAGGUGCGGGCGGCCCUGACCCAGGUCCUCUCCAAGGAGGUUCUGGGUGCCACAGUAGCCAAGGCCCUGCCGCAGGGCAUGCUGGGUACGGCACUGGCCAAGGCCCUAUCCUGGAGCGAGCUGGGUGUGGCCAUGUCGAGGGCGUUGUCACGGGCCGAGCUGCGGGCAGAACUGGCCAGGGCCGUGCAGGGCAGGCUAGCUGACGUGCUCAGCAAGGCGCUAACGGAGGACGAGCGGGCGGCGCUGAGCCAGGCCUUGUGCCAGGGGGAGCUGGGCGCUGUGCUGAACACAUCUCUGUCGCAGGCAACACUGCAGACUUCGGCCAUGCUCCCCAGUGCAGCUGCGAAACCGGCUGGCAGCAGCCUGACAGUGGGGCCCGGUGCGGUGGAAGUAGACUGCAGGGGGACCCCUUCAGCUGUGUGGAGGCCCACACUGAGGCCCAUGAGAGUGCAUCCCAGCAAGGUCAGGGUUCCCUACCAUGGGGCCUGGGAGGAGAUGGGGGACGGGGCUACAUUUGGGGGAUCACCUUGCUUGUUGGGGGUCUCUGUGGAUGGUUCCUUGACCAGUAGGGAGAUCACCACCAUCCACCAAUGUUCACUCAUCUUAGGCCUGAACCCCCAGGCAUCUUGGGAGGCAGGGGCUGGCAGUGACCUCUCCAGGCUAUGCUUGAGCCAGGUGGUCAAUGGGGACAAGGCAUCGGCUGUCAGCAGCACAGGUCCUGAUUUGCCCCAGCCACCCCGCCUGCGGCCACCCCCCAGUCUAUGGCCAUCGCUUAUUGCCAAUGGUGUUGGCCCCAGCGCUAACCAGCCGUUGGUGACCGGUGGCACAGCCCCCAGCUCCCACAAGCCACACGUGGUCAGCAGGGUGGCCCCUCAUUCGUGUCUAUCGCCGGGAGCAGCCAGGGGGGUCUCAGGCAGGCUGCCAAGCUCAGUGGGCAGUGGGAGGGCCAAACGGUUCUACCAGUCAUCUGCCACCUGUGGGAGGUCUGUCUGCUGGUGCCAGUUGUUGGAGGUCAACAGGCGGCCCCCUGGGGUGUACCGGUCUUCUGCAGCCAGAGGGGUGGCCCCCAGGUCACAGCCCCCAAAUCACAAGCAGGCGUCCAUGGGCCCCAGGGACUUACUCAGCAAGGAGACCUCAAGCCCACCACCAGCCACUCGGGCAAGCAAAGUGGCUCACACUGGCUCCCAGGCAGCCCGUGGCCUCCUGCCAGGUUCUGUGGCUCAGGUCAACUCCAACCUGUUCCAAGCCCCCGUGGGCCUUUCGCAGACACCCAGCCAUGUCCAGGAGAGUACUCGAUCAUGGGUGUCCAUGUCUGCUGUGUCCCAACCCCAGGAGCUGGCAACUGGCCAUCAAAUGCCCAUGUUCAACAGGCCGGUGGCCCCCUCAGCAGAUACUGUGCUGGCCAGAAGCUUCUCCCAGGGCUCCGAGGUCCCUGGUAUGGUCUUCAGCAAUUCCCAGAGCUCUUGGCAGAGCAGCAGUUCAGCUAGCCUGUCUACCAUGUCCAUGGCCAGCUUGAAUGCCAUUGACCUGGUGGAGGAGUCCUGGGAGGGCAGCCCAGGCAGCAAUCUGCAGAUGGGCCCCCUCCUCCCUGGGGAGGUGGCAGGGAGCCCCCAGGGGCCUGGGGAGAUGGAAGAGGCCAGUAGGACCCAUCCUGGGCACAUGCCCCCCAGCCCAUGCCAGCCCGCCACAGCCACAGAUCUGGUCCCCAUUCUACACCACGGACCAGUGACUAGUCGUAUGUCCUUCAGUGUCCACUGGGGCUCGGAGAGUGACACAGAUGUGUCCUCAGUCCCAAGUUCCACCGAUACAAUCAAGAGCUUGUCCCAGGUGUCUGUGAGGACAGGGCUGGUGAGGAGCCUGUCUUUGGGGUCAGUGACCCACACCCUACAUCAGCAGCCCAGCCAAGCCCAGACAUCUGUGGUUAGUAGGCUGGCUCCCAGCCUCUCCCACCCAUCUUUGGCCAUUGGGAUGGUCCCAAACCUAGCCCAGUCAUCGGCAACCAAUAGGGUGGCCCCCAGCCUUCCCAACCCAUCUGUGGCCAGUGGGGUGGCCCCAAACUUAGUCCAUUCAUCUGUGGCCACCAAGGUGGCUCCUAGCCUAGCCCAGUCAUCUGUGGCCAGUACAGUGGCCCCAAGCCUAGCCCAACUAUCUGCAGUCGAUAGGGUGACCCCAAGUCUCUCCCACCCAUCUGUGGCCAGUGGUGUGGCCCCAAACCUAGCCCAGUCAUCUGCAACCAAUAGGGUGGCCCCCAGCCUCUCCCAUCCAUCUGCAGCCAGUGGGGUGGCUCCAAACCUAGCCCAACUAUCUACAGCCAAUAGAGUGGCCCCCAGCCUUGCCCAAACAUCUGCAGCCAAUAGGGUGGCCCCCAGCCUCUCCCACCCAUCUGCGGCCAGUGGGGUGGCCCCAAGCCUAGUCCAACCACCUGUGUCCAGUAGAGUAGCCCCCGGCCUCUCCCACCCAUCUGUGGCCAGUGGGAUGACCCCAAACCUAGCCCAAACAUCUACAGCCAAUAGAGUGGCCAUUGGCCUCUCCCACCCAUCUGUGGCCAGUGGGGUGGCCCCCAGCCUAGCUCAACUAUCUGCAGCCAAUAGGGUGGCCCCCAGCCUCUCCCACCCAUCUAAGGCCAGUGGGGUGGUCUCAAGCCUAGCCCAACCAUCUGCAGCUGAUAGGGUGCCCCCCAGCCUCUCCCACCCAUCUGCGGCCAGUGGAGUGGCCCCAAGCCUAGUCCAACCACCUGUGUCCAGUAGAGUAGCCCCCGGCCUCUCCCACCCAUCUGUGGCCAGUGGGAUGACCCCAAACCUAGCCCAAACAUCUACAGCCAAUAGGGUGGCCCCCAGCCUCUCCCACCCAUCUGUGGCCAGUGGGGUGGCCCCCGGCCUAGCGCAACCAUCUGCAGCCAGCAGGGUAGUCCCCAACCUUUCCCAACCAUCUGUAGCCAGUAGGGUGCCCACAAACCUAGCCCAGUUAUCUGCAGCCAAUAGGGUAGCCCCCAGUCUAGCAUCAGAGGCCAGAAGGGUAGCUCCAAGUCUAUCCCAGCCAUCUGUGGCCAGUAGAGUGGCCCCCAACUUUUUCCAACCCUCUGCAGCCAGUAGGGUGCCCCCAAACCUAGCCCAGUCAUCUGCAGCCAACAUGGUGGCUCCCAGCCUAGUAUCUGUGGCCAGAAGGGUGGCCCCAAGUCUAUCCCAGCCAUCUGUGCCCAGUGACAUGAGUCAUGGCCUUGAUCAGCCAAAUUUGGCCUCUAGGAUAGAUUCCAAAGGACAUUCCUCCAGGGUGAAUGCAGUGGCCCCAAGUUUGCGUCAACCAUCCAUAGUUUUGGGGGUCACACCAGGUAAACCAUACCCCUCUGCAGCCAUUGUGGGCUGGGAUCAGAGUCAGCCUUCUCCAGAUACUUGGGUGGACCCAUGUCAAGAUCCUCCGAUGGAUAGCAGGGUGGCCUCCAGCCUCCAGUGUCCCGAGUUCAGAGAGGGACACCAGAGUGUGAGCCAACCUUCCCCCGUUUCUGUUUCUACACCAAACAUUUACCAGACCUCUGUGGCCAGUGGUGUGUCCAGGGGUCUAGGCCAGGGGAUCAGUGUAUCUCAAGAGAAUCUAUACAGAGGAAUGCCCCCAAGUAUGGCUCAGGGGACUCUGGCUGCCGACACGGCCCCAAGUAUGUCUCGGGGAAAUGUGGCUCCUGGCAUGGCCUCAAGUAUGUCUCGGAGGACUGUGGCUGCUAGCAUGACCCCAAAUAUGUCUCGGAGAAGUGUGGCUAUUGGUAUGGGCCAAAGUCAGUCUUUCGCUAGUGUCAUGGCUCCCGUUGCAUCUUGGGUUUCUGCGGUAGGUGCACCUUUGAUUCAUGAACAAGCCUCAGUGGCCCCCGGUUUCUCCCGGCCUUCAUUGCCCAACAGACUGGCAGAGAAUCUGUCCAAGGGUUCCUUGUCCAGUGUGUGCCCCAGUAACUCUCAGCUCAGCGUCGAUCUUCCAGUAGCUUUAGAUUGCCAGCACCCUUCUGUGGCCAUAGUUGUCGCACCCAGUUACCAACAAACAAAUGUUCUCACGCAGGAGUCUAUAAUGGGCAUGCCAAGUGGUCUAGCGCCAGAUUCUGUAGCCAGUAGGAUGACCACAGCUGUGGCGCCAGGCACUGUGGCCACUGGUAUGGCACCUAGCCUUGCCCCAGGAUCUGUGAUCAGGGGCAUAGGCCAAAGUCUUCCCCCAGAGUCUGUAAUCAGUGUGGCCCAGACCCUUCCCCCAGGUUCUGUGGCCAAUGGCGUGGCCCAGACUUUUCCACCAGGGCUUGUGAUCAAUGGCAUGGCCCAGACCCUUCCACCAGGUACUAUGGCCAGUGGCAUGGCCCAGACCAUUUCCCCAGGUUAUAUGGCCAGUGCCAUGGCCCAGACUUUUCCACCAGGUUAUGAGACCAGUAGCAUGGCCCAGACCCUUCCACCAGGUACUAUGGCCAGUGGCAUGGCCCAGACCCUUUCCCCAGGUUAUAUGGCCAGUGCCAUGGCCCAGACUUUUUCACUGGGUUAUGGGACCAGUAGCAUGACCCAGACCCUUUCCCCAGGUUCUGUAGCCAGUACCUUAGCCAGGACUCUGCCUUCAGAUUCUGUGGCCAGUGGCAUGGCCCAGACCUUUCCAUCAGGUUCUAUGGCCCGUGGUGUGGCCCAGACCCUUCCCCCAGGAUCUGUGGCUGCUACCUUCACCAGGGCUCCACCUCCAGGUUCUGUGGUCAGUGGUGUGACCCCCAGCUUGAUUGCUGCAUCUGUCAGUGGUGGGAAGAGGCAGAGUUUGCCUCUAGGACCUAUGGCGAGCGUGGCUGCUCCAAGCCUGCCCCCAGGUUCAGUAGUAAGUGGGAUGGCCCUGAGUGUACCUCCUGGUUCUAUGGCAACUGUAGGGGCCUCUGGCAUGGCUCCAGUAUCUAUGGAUAGGGGGCUGAAUCAGAGCCUGGUACCAGAACCCACAGCUAGCGUGGUGACCCCAGUCCCAGUUGGAUCGCUGCUGAUUGGGAUCACACCCCGUCCUUACCAUGGCUCCCUGGCUGGGGAGGGGUCCCUGACCCCCUUCCAAGCAUCCCAUGCUGCUGGCAUGACUCAAGUUCACCCCCAGGCCUCAGAAACAAGUAGAGCCAGGAACCCACGCCGAGUGCCCACGGUUCUGUCCAGAGCCUCCCAGAUGGGCCAGGCUGUUGGGAUGAUGCCAUUUGAGGCCACAGAGAGCCAGGCCAUGUUGAAUCCAGGAGAGCUUGAUGAGGUCUCGUCCCAGGUGUCAGAAUCUAGUGAGGAGUCCAAUGACUUCAAUAGCAAGUCUGCGGUCCUUGAGGCAACCCCGUGGAUGUACCAGGAGCCUAUGGGGCCCGACGUGGAUGAUGAUCACAAGCCCCCGUUAGAGGACAGGACUGCGAUUGAGCCCCAGAUGCCACUCUUGGGGGAGGUGGCAACUAGCCAUGCCAAGCCUGUGGCCAGUGGUGUGGCCCAGAUCAUUCCACCAAGCUCUAUAGCCAGUACCUUAACCAGGACUCUGCCUCCAGAUUCUGUGGCCAGUGGUGUGGCCCAGACCUAUCCACCAGGUUCCAUGGCCAGCAGUGUGACUCAUACCUUUCCCUCAAAUUACGUAGCCAGCACCUUGGCCAGGAUUCCACCUCCAGGUUCUGCAGCCAGCGGCUUGGCCCCCAGCCCCUCACAAGCCCCCAGUUUAGCCAAGCAUUCCAUGGCUGGCAGCACCACCCGAAAUCUGCAGCCGAGGUCAGCAGCCAGCAGUAGGACCCCCAGCAGGGUGCUCAGUCCACAGAUGAGGCCUAUGGUUAGCAGGGUCAUGAGCCAGUCCCAUGGGAUUUCUGGAGUCCCUUCAGACAUUCCUAUGGUUCCCAAAAGCCACUCCCAGGCGACAGCUUUCACCACCACCUCCAGAUCACCCCAGCUGCCCCGUGGCAGUUCCGUGGUUCCCAGCCUGCCCCCAGAGCCCACGGCUCAGAUGGGGUCCCCAAGUCUUUCUAAGAGGCCCGGGGUUUCCAGCCUGGCCUCCCACAUGCCGCAACAACCAUCCCUACCUAGCAGGGUGGUGUCCAAUCGAUUCCAGUUGGACACCAACCCUGACACACCCUCAUCACCCGUGCCUGGGGACAUGGCCCAGAAUAGCCGUCGUGAAUCCCUCGGCCCCAGGAAAUCCUUCAGGUCCGUACAUGGCAGCAUUGUUUCUGAGAUGCUAGAUGGCUCUCUAGCCAGGCUGGUGCCUCUCCACCAGCUGCAGCAGCAGCGCCCCCAGCCCAUGCAGGGUGGUACUAGGCACUCCGUGAGCACUCCACAACCGGGAAUCAUCCGUACCAGUGACAGGGCACAUGGCACCGCUAUCCCGCGGAUCCCCCAGGGCGUCCGCAGAGUGUCUCUGGGUUACGAGUCUUCUCCCAGCGGCUCCCGGCGGCCCCUCUUUGACCAGAACUUGCAGGAUUCCCACUCCUCAGUGGCCACCAAGAGCAGCCACCACCUCUCCCUGACUCCCACUGUACUCCAGGGUCUCACGGACACCGGUGUGGCAGGUGGCCAGCCGUGGAACGCUGCUGUCCCCAGCGUUGUGACUGGUCCCAAGGACAGUACUACAGGCCCCGGGAGUAUGUGGCAGCCGGCCAGGGGCAUGGGGUCGUGGGAUGCCACGGCGACGGACUCCAGGAGGUCGGGGGAGCUGUUGUUGUCAGUGCACACGGUGGAGGAACUGAUCAUCCAUGCUGUGGUUAUCAUCCAGGCGCAUGUCCGUGGCUACCUGGUGCGCCAUAUGAUUAAAGUGUGGCACCGCAGUGCCACCAUCAUCCAGGCACUGUGGCGUGGCCACGUGGUGCGGAAGCAACUCUACCGACUGCACGCUGCCGCCCAGACCAUCCAGGCACAGUGGCGUGGCUACCACACUCGCAGGGACCGCUGCCAGCAGAUGCUGCAGCCAGCCACAUGGGGAAUGUUGGGAGACUGGAGCAGGACAUCAUCAGGGCACCGGUGCUUCCAGUCCUGCCAGCCACGCUCCUGUGCCCUCUGCCAGACACUGUGCCCUGGGCUGGGGGGCCCGCCCAGUGUGGUCCUGCUUGUGGGCUCCAGCCCCCGCACCUGCCACAUGUGCGGCCAGACCAUGCCGACCCGUGUGGUACAGGGCACAGGCCAGGGUGCUGGAGGCCAGGAGGGUGUGCCCUCACAGAGGGGCCAUGGCGCCCAGCUGGCCCCCUGCAGCCCCCAGCUCCCACACCACCACCACAAAGCAGCCACAGCCAUCCAGUCUGCCUGGCGGGGCUUCUUGACCCGCCGCCACCUGAGAAAGCAGCAGGUGGCAGCCAAGAGGGUCCAAGCAAGCUGGCGUGGCCACUUCACCCGGACCUGCCUCACGGCUGAUGCACUCCUAGGGCCGAGGAUGGCAUGGGACAGCCCUCGGCACGCACAGUGGCCCGGUGUCUAAGAGUCCAGCUGCCCAGGGCGGGGAGACACUGGGAGGGGCCGUGUGGCUCUGUGGGUCUAUGAAUAAAGUCCUUCACAGCCUGAGUCCGGAGUUGCUUGGUUCCAUGGCUGGUGCUGCAUUAAUGGGGGCAGCUGGGGAAUGGCGGUUAGGGGGAACCUGGAGCAUCCUGGGGGAGGAGACCUCAGACUCCCAAACAUUACAUUUGCACCCGGGGUCUGUGGCCAGAAUGGGGACCCCAAGUCUGUCUAGAGGUUAGGAGCUGCUAGCAUGGCCUCUCACAUGCCACUGUAUCUGUCCCCAGCUAACAGUGUGGUGUCCAGUCUGUUCCAGAUGGAAGCUAUCCCUGGCACACCCCAGAUGCCUGUGGCUGAGAAUAUGACCUAAAGCAGUCCCUUGGCCCUAGAAAACCCACACAUGGGAGCCUCAUUAUAGAGAUGCUAAAAAGUUCCAAACGACACAUCUGAGAAGGCCCCCAUCUUGGGGAGACACAGCUGGACUCAGACACCCCAAAGGCAGGUUAGGGACAGGCAGAUGGAGUCCCAGAGGGGUCUGUGGAGAGGCUGCUUCAAGGGGGUCAGAGGCACUAGGCUCAAGCCAGUCAAGGGGGAGUCCGUGUGCAGAGAUCCAGAGUGGGGGCAGAGAAGAGACAACAUGCUUCCGGGCAGCUAAUGGAGGGGGCAGGCAGGGGCUUAUCUACAGAAAAUAGCGCCUAGGGUAAAAAAAAGUUAGUGUUAAAUGGCUGAACGAUCUUUCACAGCUGGAGAUGGAAACUGGGUUGGCCAACAGAAACUGGUCAUUGGCGCCCUGCCUCAAGCUGCGCCCAGGGCACGCGCACUGCCUGCUAAACCUUAGUUAUGUCACCGGCAGGGCAGCAGGAGAAUGGGGGCAGGGAGACCGGAAGGGACAGGGGUAUCCUAAGCGGAUGGACAGAGUAUGAAGGCUUCGGAGUCCUUGUCCAGGCUGGCUGUGCAGAAGAGGUGGGGUGUCGAGGUGGAGCGACAGGAAUAACACCGCUGGGGAACAGCAGCGCCCCCGACCGUCACUCUGGCGUCCCGAGGCCCCGCCUCCGCCUCGCCCCUACCCAGCAGGCGUAAAGCUCACACACCUGAGCUCACACCUGUGCAGCGGCGGCAGGCCCUCCGC